AUGGCGGUCCACGACGGAGGAGAACGCGGGAUUGAACGGCAUGGAAGCACAGAUCGAGAUCUGGCUGUCUCGAGGUUCACAAUAAGGGAAGAAAAUGGAUCACACAGGGCAACGAGAUUCACAGGAGAGGAUGCUGAUGAUGGAAUGAGCGGCAAAACUUUGCCGGUAGAGAAAGCAGAAGUGAUGGAUUCGUCCGCCGCAGAUGCGGACAUAGAUGCAGAAGCAGCAGUGAGGAUUGUUGAUGGGAUAGGGUACUUUGGCGCCAUUGAAUUUUCUACCCUGACAGCCAAGGACGUCCUUAUGACGGAGUUCACAAGUCUACAGGGAGCUUAUGACUACUACAACGAAUACGGUCGCAUCAAGGGAAUUUCGGUUAGGAGGUCCAAGGUGGGUCACAGAACAAAGCAGGGGGCGGAGGGCGAAAUCAUUUGGCAGAUAUUUGUGUGCUCGAGGGAAGGAGAGCGAGACGGGAAACACAUGCAGCGGGAAGACAGGAAGAUGGAUCCUCAACCGAUCACGCGGUGCGGGUGUGAAGCCCGGAUUAAGGUCCACGUCGAUGAUGCCAUCAGGCGAUGGUUUGUUGAACAAUUAUGCGAUAACCAUAAUCAUCCCAUGCUGGAUGCGAGGUUCAAGGGUCUGUCGCGGUCACACAGAGCAGUCAAGGAAGGCGAUUUGCACCAAAUCAAUUCCAUGAGAAAAUCCGGGUUGCGGGUGCCGACGAUUUUCCGCGCCUUUGCCAAUCAGUCAGGAGGAUUCGAGACUGUUGGGUUCGAGAUAAAGGACAUAUAUAAUGCGAUAGAGAAGCAAAGGCGGAAGUACUCGUUGGCUGUUGGCAAGAGGCUGGAAAAUCUCUUCUGGUGCGAUGGUACAAGUUGUUAUGACUACAGUGUAUUCGGGGAUGUCCUGGGUUUUGAUGCAACGUACGGUCAUAACAAAUACAAGUGCCCUUUGGUAAUAUUCUCAGGGGUGGACCAUCAUAUAAGGACGGUGGUGUUUGGCUGCGCCAUCUUGAGCAACGAGAGUGAAGGAAGCUAUGUGUGGUUGUUGUGGUCAUUUCUUGAGGCAAUGAAAGGAAAACAGUCGAAGUCUGCCAUCACGGACGGGGAUCUCACCAUAAAGAGUGCGGUUAGCACAGUUUUCCCUGGUGCACAUCACAGGCUGUGUAGCUAG